UGGUCUAGAAUAGCAGUAAAAAAAUUUUAAAAAAACAAAGAAUAUUUUUUUAGAGAUUGUGAUGAUAUGGAGUGAACAGCUAACAGUCCAAGUGUGCUGGCAGGAGUCAACAUGGACCAGCUGACACAAAUCAUCACAUAUCUAAUUACAUUGCCACCACAAAGAAAAUCAACAUUGAUUUCUUGCUAUCCUCAAGAUUUAUCUUAGCUCCAAUUUGACUUUUAUCUUAAUCUUUCCGAUUGUUCUUGUACAGUACAUCAACCAAUCAACUUUCUUGAAUUUAGUGCAACAACUAUGAGUGAUCAAAAGGAUCAGGUCAAUGUAGGCUCUGAUCUCCCUGCUGCUCUCACUGCUGAGGAUCGUGCAGAUCUUGUAAAUUCCAUCAAGAACAAGCUUCAUGAUUUGGCAAAGGAUCACUCUGGUUUUCUGGACAAACUUCCCCCAAACAUUAGGAAACGUGUUGAUGUCCUCAAAGAGAUUCAGACCGAAUAUAAUGAAUUAGAGGCACAGUUCCUUGAGGAGAGGGCAAAUUUGGAAGCAAGGUUCUACAAGUUGUAUGAGCCACUUUACAACAAGCGAUAUGGGAUUGUGAAUGGCAUUGUUGAAGCUGGAGAUGAGAGCACAGUAGAUAAAGAAACCAAUGAAUCAGCAGGAGAUAAAGGUAUUCCCCAUUUCUGGCUGCUAGCAAUGAAAAAUAAUGAAAUACUUGCUAAGGAGAUUACUGAGCGAGAUGAAGAUGCCCUUCAGUAUCUCAAAGAUGUCAAAUGGAGUAGACUUGAUGAUGCCAAGGGCUUUAAGAUUGAGUUCUUCUUUGAUACAAAUCCCUAUUUUAGCAACAGUGUGCUUACAAAGACAUAUCAUAUGAUUAGCGAGGAUGAGCAUAUCCUAGAGAAUGCAAUAGGGACAGAGAUCGAUUGGUUUCCGGGGAAAACCUUGACACAGAAGAUCCUAAAGAAGAAACCAAAGAAGGGAUCCAACGAUACAAAGCCAAUCAUAAAAAUUGAGGAAUGUGAAAGUUUCUUUCAUUUUUUUGAUCCACCUCAACUACUAGAGGAUGCAGAGGAACUUGAUGAGGAAACUGCUGAAUUGCUUCAAAGUCAGAUGGAACAAGAUUAUGAGAUUGGGUCAACCAUUCGAGAGAAGAUCAUUCCUCAUGCUGUGUCUUGGUUUACUGGAGAGGCCGUUCCCACUGAUGAUGAAGAAGAAGGCGAUGAUGAUGAGGAAGAGGAAGAUUAUGUGGAAGAGAAUUAUGAAGAAGAGGAUGAUGACAAUGAGAAUGAGAAAGGCGAUGAAAAGAAUGUAAAGAGCACCAGUGAGGAUGGCAGUGCAGAAACUAGAGGACAAUAGAGGACUCUUGCAGGAAGAUAAUUCAUAUGUUUGAACAAGCAGUUCAAUGGUUUAUUCAACAAUUUAGCUGGUAUAUGAGAUUGCAAUUUUGAAAUUUUAACAUGCGA